CUAAAAUUCUGCAUGAAAAAAAAAGUGAAAAUAAAUAAAAUGAGAAAACUUGUUAAUUGGUGUCCUUUUCAACUUACAAUAAUCUUGACACAAUGACACCUCAGAGCUCCUUUUUAAGACUCGAAGACGGACACCUAAUGUGUCUUUGUACACAGAAAAUGUUGCUCCUUUUCAUAGGCUCUUUCCAAAGCCCAGAGUGCUCUUAGCUUUUCCCAUUCUUGAAUUAAUCAGAGUUAGCUUACAUUUUUCAGCUUUUCACGCAACAGUGUGUGUUCUUGAUAAGCUAUGGCCUUGAAUUUGCUGUCUCCAACUGAAAUCAAGACACUUUCUUUCCAGAACUACUCCAAAUCGAAUUGCAGCCUUAAUCUCCUCAAGCCCCAAGAACUUGCACAUGUCUUUAUCGACCUUGAGAAGGCUUAUGACAGAGUACCGAGAAAUGUCAUGUGGUGGGCCUUAGAAAAGCACAAAGUUCCAUCUAAGUACAUUACCCUCAUCAAGGAUAUGUACAAGGAUGCGAUGACGUGUGUCCGAACAUGUGGGGGCGACACCAGCGACUUCCCAAUUAAAAUAGGACUACACCAGGGGUCAACAUUGAGUCCUUAUCUAUUUGCCUUGGUGAUGGAUGAGGUCACAAGGGAUAUACAAGGUGAUAUCCCUUGGUGUAUGCUCUUUGCUGAUGAUGUGGUGGUAGUUGACGAGAGUAGAGCAGGCAUGGCUUCACAUGAUGAUGGUGCCGUUACCCUUGACGGGCAAGUGGUGGCCAAGAAGGAGACUUUUCGGUAUUUGGGAUCGAUGAUACAAAAUGAUGGCGGCAUUGAUGGUGAUGUUAGGCAUAGAAUUGCAGUCGAUUGGUUGAAAUGGCGUCAGGCGUCGAACGUUCUCUGUGAUAAGAGGGUGCCACAAAGGCUAAAAGGUAAGUUCUAUAGGACGGCGAUUUGCCCGGCGAUGCUAUAUGGUGCUGAAUGUUGGCCUACAAAAAGGCAACAUGUCCAACAACUAAGUGUAGCAGAGAUGCGUAUGUUGCGUUGGUUCUGCGGGCACACAAGAAGGGAUAGAAUCCGGAAUGAGGAUAUUCGAGAUAGGGUCGGGGUGGCUCCAAUUGAGGAGAAAUUGGUUCAACAUCGGCUGAGGUGGUUCGGACAUGUCCAACGGAGGCCUCCUGAUGCACCGGUGCUUGGGCUUUCUUUCAAAAGAAAAGAAAAUGGAUGCACUUCUGCAAAAAGAGUCCAUUGUUCGGCCCAGACACCUCCUCCGGCUUGGCCUGGCCUGGCCGUAAUCGAGCCCGAAAGGAAAUCUUGGGAAGGCCCGAAGCCCAUUUCGGUUGUUGGAUCCACUGGCUCCAUUGGAACUCAGACAUUGGAUAUAGUUGCCGAAAAUCCAGAUAAGUUUAAGGUUGUUGCGCUUGCUGCUGGUUCCAAUGUGACUCUUCUUGCAGAUCAGGUUAAGACGUUUAGACCGCAAUUAGUUUCUGUUCGAGAUGAGUCGUUAGUUGAUGAGCUCAAGGAAGCUCUGGCUGAUGUCAUCGACAAGCCCGAGAUUAUUCCUGGAGAGCAGGGAGUUAUUGAGGUCGCUCGGCAUCCAGAUGCUGUUACUGUGGUAACUGGGAUUGUUGGCUGUGCGGGCUUGAAGCCUACGGUGGCUGCCAUAACAGCUGGAAAAGACAUAGCUUUGGCCAAUAAAGAGACACUAAUUGCUGGAGGGCCUUUUGUUCUUCCUCUUGCACACAAGCAUAAUGUGAAGAUUCUUCCUGCAGACUCCGAACAUUCGGCUGUAUUUCAAUGUAUACAAGGAUUGCCAGAAGGUGCUCUGAGGCGAAUAAUUUUGACGGCAUCAGGGGGUGCUUUCAGGGAUUUGCCGGUUGAUAAAUUGAAAAACGUGAAAGUAGCGGAUGCUUUAAAGCAUCCUAAUUGGAAUAUGGGGAAAAAGAUUACGGUUGACUCUGCUACACUCUUUAACAAGGAUUCAUCUGUGCUAGCACAAUUAGGAUGGCCCGACAUGCGUUUACCGAUUCUAUACACAUUGUCGUGGCCCGACAGAAUUUACUGUUCUGAAAUCACGUGGCCUCGACUUGAUCUCUGCAAGCUCGGCUCUCUUACAUUCAAGGCUCCCGAUAAUGUGAAGUAUCCAUCGAUGGAUUUGGCUUAUGCUGCCGGACGAGCUGGUGGGACCAUGACCGGUGUUCUUAGCGCAGCUAACGAGAAAGCUGUGGAAAUGUUUAUCAACGAGCAAAUCGGGUACCUUGACAUAUUUAAAGUGGUGGAGUUAACGUGCGAUAAGCAUCGAGCUGAAUUAGUGUCCUUGCCUUCGCUUGAAGAUAUCGUGUACUUUGACUCGUGGGCCCGUGAUUAUGCCGCCAGUUUGCAACCGUCGAUCGGUUUAAAACCUGUGCUGGUUUGACCGGAAAUUUGACUGGAAAAAGCCGAUAGUGUGGAGUUGAUUUGAAUAGUAUUUUUUUCAGCUAGAGGGGGCAAUAGAGAUAGCAGCUUUAGGUCAUAAACAAUGGAAAAUUAUCUUCUGUUUUUACCAGUCAUUGCAGUGUGGAAAAAUGGGACUUGUAGAAAUGGGCUUUUUGAGGGGUAACAAUGUAACAUAACAGGAAUGUUUGGGUUUUUGUUUAUAUACAUAUAUAAACUGGAGUGCACAAAAUUCAGUUAACCGAGUCGAACUGACUGGAAGAGGAAAUUCAGACCGAAACUAUAACGGAAUAUUUGGUUCGAUUUUUCGGUUUAUAUUUUCUUAAAAUUUCGGUUUUUGGUUCUGUUUGAA